UUUGGGUGUGUCUACAUAAUAAAAAUGUAUGCUGCCGGUGCUGAAGUGAACGCUAAACACGCAAAUUAUUACAUGCCUGCUCAACAUGAGGACGAGGCUCCACCGAGCAAGAAAAUGUGCGAAAGCGUUCCACGACCUCCUGCUAUGCAUAUCUUAGGACGCCGAUACGCUUUGACUGCAACUGCUUAUAAAUAUUUGAAUAUCGGAAUCAGCAUAGGAGCUGAACCCGUCAUAGACAUAGUCAUUGAUGAUAAUCGUGGCAAACAACUGCUAUUGCCGAUCAAAACUUGGAAUGCGCUAAUGGGGCAACGUGCUGACAUCCAAAGAUUUCUGCAGGCCAAUUUUUUAUAA